AUGAUGUUGGUGCGUUCUGAGGGUCUGGCACAGGAAAAUGUCCUAAAUCCCCUCACAGGCCACGUGACCCUCAGUCCCGUCAUCUAUAAUGCGGAGAAUGAUGGAGGCGUGUACACACUCCCUCCUCUUCAUUUCAUACCAACCGCCCCGCCACAGCUUGAAGAGCAAGACACCCCAGAACCAUCUCCCCCAUCUGAGGAGGCAGUCCCCCCGGAGCCCCACAUAGAGGUAAAUCUGCAAGAGAAGGAUGGGAUGCAGAUCAUCUCAGCUGAGUGUCUGGGCCAGGACGGGGCCUUCACCAUGUGCCCGUCCUGUGAGCAAGUAGUCUUCACACAGACCAAGAAGAUCAAUGGAGAGUCAGUCUGGAUCAUGAGCUGCAUAGUGGCGGUCGUGGGUUUGUGCUUCAUCGCCUUCUGCCUGGACCAACUGAAGAGCGUGCGCCACAAAUGCCCUCAAUGCCGGAGCACCAUCCACACCUUCCACCCCUUCUGA